AUGUUUGACCAAGACCUUCUAAAAGACAUUGACCUCCGUAAAGGAGAAUGUAGACUACAUAAAUGUGGUUUGUCUAUUGAUAAUCCUGGUGACAAUUUGUUGUUAAGACCACUAUGCAGUGAUGAUUAUGAGAAAGGUAAAUGUUGUUUUUGUCAUGACUCUAAGGUCCUGUUCUCACAAUGCAAAAUUUGGUUUCUUUUGCAAAAAAAUCUGUCAACAGGAAGCCAUUUCUAGUGUGAAUGAUUUUUUCCACCCGCCAAAAUUUACUGAACUGCUACCUAAAUUCUGAGAUGCCGUUGAGAACAUGAUGACCAGAUGCGAACAAGGUUGCAGGAACAAAAUUACAAAAUUUUCAAAUUUUUUGCAACUGCCAGUGCGAACAGGGUCGAAAACAGAAUUUAUGCACUUAUCAGUGUUGUGCCCUGUCCUAUCCUCCCCACCCGCUUAGCCCAAAUUUCAUCCGAUACAGCAGUUUUCUCCCCUCAGCAACAUCGUUACUUCUGUGCUAGCAGAGGUCUCUCACAAUGAGGCAAAAAUAAGAGGAAGGAGAGAGACUCGAUCUCCUUCCUCUCAUUUUUGCCUUGUUGUGAGAGACCUCUGCUAGCAGGGAACAUCAUUGCUGAGGGAGUUAUAGCGACUCGAAGUAAUCGGAUGAAAUUCAGGCUACCACUCACUCCCCAUCUGACUUGGUGCAUGUAUUUAGUAUUGUAAUGAUAACUGACAACAAUAUUGCCUGAUUCUCAAAUGGUCAGAUGACCUGAUACAGGGUGAAAGACCGUGGUCCUUGUUGAGGUUGGGACCUGGCUUAAAAUUAAACCAUUAGUAACGGCCACCUCUCCACAGAUGCUUCUCUUUAAAUGGGACAAGAAAUUUCUGUCCCUUCAGAUGUAUAUUGGAUAAAAGACAGUGACCUAUUACAUGUAUGUCAUGCAAGGACAAAAUAAUAUUAUAUUGACUCCGUUGUUUUUUCUAUUUUAGAAAGCCAAUAUUUAUUAUUAUUUUUAAUUUAACUUCUUUGCAAUGGCUAGAGCAGCAUACCUCAGUCCUUAAAAUGGCCACUGUUUUGUUCCCUUGUGAUGUGAGGCUCCAAUCCUCAAGAGGGACCACUGCAGUCUUGAAUUUCAAGCUUUGCCUGGGAAUAGUGCUAAUUAUUUUAAAUGAGAUCAAUGUGACAAAAAUUGAUUUGUUGAGGAAAGGGCCUUAUUUGUUCCAAAAUUACAGGUUGUACAUGAUGUUAAGCAUUUUUUGGACAGAGAGGAAAUUUGUUGUGGAUGACUUAGAUUCUAUUUUUUUUCCCAGGUUUUCCAGCAAUUCAAAAUGACCUUGCUAAAGUUGGAGAUGUCACAAAGGAACUCUUUCUGAGUAAGAAAUGAACUUCUUAGAUGAACCCUUGUAGUGCAGCUCAUUUUUCCCCCCAGGAAAGUUAAUUUUGAAGAGUUUUGUUAGUUAGGUAAAUACUUUGUUUAGCUUUUAGUGUCAACCAAAUACAGUCAUUACUGGUAGAGUGGAUAAUUGUCAUCUUAACUGUUAAAAACCCAAAUUUUCCCCUUUUCAUAAGGGAGCUGAGGAGCCCUUUUAAUAGGCGGAUUCAUCGUGACAUUAUUGUUUACAUUUUUGCUCAUUUGCAUAUGAGUUAACCCAUAGAAGAUGUAGCCGUAUACAGCUAUUUUGAGAAAGGUUGUCGGAAAAAUGUGCACGCGACAAACCCGAAAGGCAAUAUGGGAUAUGAUCAAUACAAUGUUUCUGACGACUGCACCUGUCGAACCUACUUUUGUUGCUUUCCUUAAGCACUGGCAAACACAUUUCCAUGGCCUUUUGUACCAAUUCUUUCAAAUUUCUUUAAAGAACAGUGAACUUAAAACCACCCACAAUGCCUUUCGGGAUUGUCGCGUGCAGUUUUUCCGACAACCUUUCUCAAAAUAGCUGUAUACCAAAGGUUCAAAAAUUAAAAGAGCUGGUUAAUUUAUGCAGUUUGUACAAGUUUCAGCUUUUUGUAAUCAGUAACAAAAAAAAUAGCAUCAAUUAAAAACUGCAAAAUUACUGGGUGGCAAAACGUUAAUGAGUUCAUGUAAAUUUUUGGGUUUUUCAAAGACAAUUUCUCCAAAACUAUUAGAUAUAUCGGGCUCAAAUUUUCAGAGAUAACUGAAAUUGCUACGCUCUUUCAAUAUUCAGAAAUAUGCUAAUAAGGCAAAAAUGUAAACAAGGAUUUGCCUAUAGCAGGAGUAUCACUCUUGGGUGAUCAUUUCGUUACUUCUUACAUUCAGUUUAAGGAAAGGAAUAAUUCAAGGUGGCUAGCAAACUAAAUCAAUUAAGGUUUUCAGUACCUUAGAUUACACACAAAACUUGACAUACAGUAAUAAUUAUUAAUACUGGUACUCUAUUCAGUUAUUUACUGCAGAGGUCUUAUAUUUUCCCUUUGGAUUUCUUUAGAGCGUUUCCAUGCUAUGAGAUCUUGUCCUGGUACAUAUUAUAUCAUUGUAGUGGAGGAUACAGAGCUGGCAAAAAUUGUGGCGUGUGGAACACUUUUCGUAGAGCAGAAGUUCAUGCAUGAAAUUGCUAUAGUAUGUAUAUAUCUUAUUGUUUUCAUAUCCUGCAGUUGAACCUCCAUUAAACAGGCUGUGUCACGGCAGUCCAGUUCAUUUUGUUUAAUUUUGCCAGUUACUCGCCCUCAAUCACCAUAGAACUUUAAUAAAGUAAGCAAAGAACUUACAUGUAAAUGACAAAAUCAGAGAUCCGAGGCAAACAAAUAGGUCCCCUGAGCAUUAUUUUUGACGUUGCAAGCAUCAGGGAUCAACUCUGAAAAACUGUUAGGCUGAACAGUUAUCAAAAAUCCUAACUUCAAUCUGUUUCAGUUUUGCCUAUCUGUGACAUCUGUUGUUUCUGUUAUGUUAUUUUAACCUUCCUUUAAAGUUUUAAGUGGUUAUUUUUAUGUUUCUCUUCAUGUAACAUGCAUUUUGUAAUUUUAAUUCCUAAUUUGGCUGAAUUUCGUGACACAGCUCCUUUAAGCGCCACCCUCAGGGUAGGUAGGUACAUGUAGGCACUCAAUAGAGAUUGGUCAGAAAUUAGCAUAAUCAUUAGCAGAAACAUCUAUUCACUUUAUUUGAAACAAACAUGACAAGAGCAAUAUAACUUGUAUCUACUAUUAGUUGUCACCUUUAUAUCUCACACUGUAUUUUCCUUCAUCAUAAUUUUUACAAUGAAGCCAAACUAAGUGUAUCACGACUUUGUGGCCACUUAUUAAUAGGGGUGACAACAAUAGAACUCUCAUCAGGAUGGACAAAAGGUGCUGGUAACUACUAAACAGAGGUUGGCCAGCUACUUAAUUCAUGUAGGUGGUUGCUUAAUAUGGAGGUUCAACUGCAUUAUCAUUCAAAAAUUAUAAUAGAGAAAAUAAAGUCAGCUGUCUGGCCAAGUGGUUAUGAGGUAGUGGACUGGACUUUCUAUCAGGUGGAUGAAAUUCAAAUACUGCUCUCAACCCCUCAGUGGAUUUGGUCUUGGAUGUCCAAAUUCAACUAUUCUGCCAUACAUGUAAAUAACUGCCAUGAAUAAAAAUUCUGUUUUUAUCUCUUAAUGCUCAACAAUCUUCAAGUUGUAAAAAGUGGUGGAGGUGACAAUAAGGAUCCCAAUAUGAAGUGAUGUCAUGAGAGCUAAUUUAUAGUAUGCAUUAGGAGUUUUUUCAAGUACACGAGGCAAUUUAUAUGAUAGCCCACAAUCCAUGCCUGAAUGUUGAUAGGGUGUAUACAACAACAUUCCAGCAAGCUGGACCAGAUUGAUCAAGUCACAAGUCACUGAACAUUUCAAUCCACUGUAAACAAGGCUUUAGAAGAGCCAAAAGCUCAUACAUGGUUAUUUUCUUUCUGCCAGUGUAGUGACAAAAUAUUAUUAAAGAAAUCUUUGAAAUUUAGGUGUUUUUUUGUUGUUGUGGUGCUCUGAUUAAGAAAGUGUGGUAUGCUGAAGCCUUUACUGUGUGUCAUUUUCGCAUUAUCUAUUGUUAUUAUUUAAAGCGAGGGAGAGUUGAAGACAUUGUCGUUGACGAGAGCUAUAGAGGGAGAGGACUUGGAAAACUGUGAGUACAGUCAAACCUCUGUUAAUAGACACUAGCUGCAGCUGCACUUGGGGACUUAACUGAGUUAUUUCCUAUUCAUAAAUUAAAGUUAACUCAUUUAAAAAAACUGCGAGUGAGGCUGGGUUUUCUACAGUCUUAUCUGAGUUCUAAACAGGUUACGCAAAUCAAGCAAGAACAAUAGAUUUCGUUAACCAGGCUAGGUUUUUUAAACCACCUCAAGAGGUAGUUUAACGCAGGUUAACAAUGUCAGUCAGUCAAUCAUCUCCGUCUUCACGUGAGAAUGGUCCAAAUUUUCGCAUUCAUGAAUGCAAGCACCAAAGUUUUGAAAUUACUUCUUUCACUCCAAGUUCAGCUUUUCUUUCUCCAUUAGCACAUUAUUGAGUUAAGACUUUUAAGAAGUCAACCUCUUUUUACAAGUAAUACAGGUCAAAUUUUGUCAGUCACUCUUAGGCGAGUGUUAUGAGCAACCCAACUGAGUGAAAAAAAAAAACCCAUGACAUUGUGAAAGUCUAAAUUGGGUCCAGCCACAAAUAAAAAUCAACCUGGUUAUUAAAACUCUUUUCACCAGGUUAUGUUCUGAAGAAUUUUUCAACAGGUUUUUCAAAACCUAACCUGGUUAACUUGCCAAAUGUAGCCGCAGCCACUUUCCUUGAGUUGUUAUUUCUAACCAUGAAAAGCUGCUGCCAACAUUUUCUAUGACUCUGAGGGCAUCAGUUUUCAAGAGAUUCUUCUUGUUUAUAUACUACUAACUGCAACCUGGUUAGCUCAAUUUGUUAAGCGCUGGUCUGCUGAGGGGGAGUUCAUAGAUUGAAAUACUGGUUGGACUCAUGAUGUUGUUGAUGAUGAUGAUGAGGAGGAGGAGGAGGAAGUAAAUGCACCCACAUCAUAAAGUACAUUCUCUAAUUUAAUGAAAAAUUCCAACCCAAAAAUUUUCUGUGUUGUCUUUCAGUGUUGUUGAAACCUUGCUGUUACUCAGUGAGAAGUUAGGAUGUUACAAGACCAGCCUUAGGUGUAAAGAUUCUCUGCUUCCUUUUUACACUCAGUUUGGAUUCAAAAAGGAGGAUCAGCAAAACUAUCUUUGUAAAUGGUUUUCUGAUUGA